UCCGUUCGGCAAAGCAUGUUUUUAGGGUGUGCAGGGGGUGGAAAAGCGAUGUCGAUGCGUGUUGCGAGCGAGAUGGCGAUAGGUUGAAAUGCUUGGCAUUUCGUUCCAUCGCACGGGUGCGAGCGUGGUGUGUUGCGCUACACGAAAAACGGGUUUUCUGGCUUAUGUUGGUUAUGCUGAGCGCACCUUACAAUUCCGAACAGUGCGCUGCCAUUUAUUCGAAGCCCAUCAAGCGAGUGAGACCGUCGGACACUGCCUCUCCCAGGCACUUGGCUAGUAUUUACUUGCAUGUUCCCUAACCGACAGAUCACAAAGAAAGGGAACCUUGCGGAUUUCCCGGUUCGGUUUGGUACGAGAGAACAAAAAAAAAAACAAAAACAGUGACAAUCGUCGAGAAAAUAGCAUAAAACCAAAAACCCAAUUACUGUGAAAUAUGCGUGUGCGUGUGCUUGUUUGUGUGCAGCGGCUGUGUACGGUGCGCAAUCAAAUCCCUUUCUGUCGUGGGUGUAACUUAGUUUCAUUUAAUUUUUCCACUAUCCAAUAACUGUGUGUCCUGUACGGUUUGAAAGAAGUAAUUGAAGAAGUAGCUAAACCAACAGCAAAAAAACUCAAGUUCCAAAAUUACAUAAUGGUGAAACAGCGUGUCCCCUAAUGGUAAAUUGUAUUGUGUGCAGUGAACCAAAUGUGCAAAAGAUGAUGUGCUAUGAACGGGAGCGCGUUUAUACAUGGCUAGCAAAGAAAUUAGUGACACAGCUCCGUUCAACAUGCGAUGGAAAGUGAUUCUAUGAAACGAGGCGCAAAAAGUUCAAACACAUGCAGGAAAGAAAGGAAAAUGCAGUGGGAAAACACACCUUCCAAAAAGAGUGUUUGAAAUCAUUUCGAUCGAUCAAAUGAUCUUUCUGCAUAUAGGAUCGUGUAGUAUUUUGCCUUCCCGACCCGUCUACUAGGGUACCGUACCGUGCGUGUGUGUGUCCGUCGAGUGUUACAGCCUUGAGCCAGAGAACAACGUGAACCAUAUGAUUCCGGCUUAACCAGUGCAAUAAUGAGCUGUUUUACUAUGAUAUCGGUGCGAGUGAUUGUUGCGACAAACAGUGCAUAUGACAGUGUUUAGAAGGGGUAGUGUGCGUUUUAGUUUUCCCCCGUUCUCGGGCGAAAGGAAAUAUUCAACUAGAACACAAAUUCAGAACACGCAGCGCGUCACAAAAUAAUUGCCCCAAAAAUGGCUCACAACAGUAGUGUGCUGUAGAAGAAAAAACGGGGAGAGAAAAGAGCAAAUUUUUUUGUGUGCUAUCGGAUUUCUCGUCCUACUGAGAUCAAUAGUACUAGUCGGGAAAGUGAGGAAUAUCAAGCGCGAUCUUCUCUCUGCGGUGAUGAAACAAUAUCAGCGAACGUUGCAAUACAUUUAGCGAAUUAUUACUUUUUAACUGUGACACACUGAAGUCAUAUUCGCUAGUUUUAAACGCAAGUGGAAGAUACAAAGCAAAAAAACAAAAAGGAAAACAAAACCUAGCGAGCUAGCGAGCCAACAAGUAACACGUAACGCUACCCAAAUGGUUAUGUCGCCCAGCAGACGACUGUCUACGCCAGGUAUUGCUGCACAUCCGAUGAAUAUGCAUUUGAGCUCCCUGCAACUGAACUCCCAGCUGCAACUGAAUGCUCAAAUGCACCAGAAGCUUACGGCCGGACUAACGCCCAACCAUAUGAGCGGAUUUUUCAAGAGCCCAUCCACCUCACCAAGCAGUAUUAAUGCGAAUAUGAGCAACAGUGGCGCGAGCGCCUUGACCAGCAACAGUCACACAACGUCCAGUACGGCCACCAACGGUACCAGCGAACGGAGCGCGCGUGACAACACCACACCCACCGGGAGCACUAGCAGCAACAGCAGCAUGCCUUCCAUCACGGAACUGUCGACGCAUCCGCUCAAUCGGUUGCAGUCGAUGCAGCCGUUCGAUUUCCGCAAACUGUCCGCUGCCGCAGCCAGUUUGAGCGGUUUCACAUCGGCCGGUUUACCGCCGCCCCGGCUCAGCCCCGAAGCAGCCGUCGCGCAGCAUCAUUUUAACCAGCAGCAGGCGGCCGCUGCUGCGGCGUACGCCGUCAACACGGCCAAGCGGCGCAACUCGCAAACGUCGCUCGAUGCCCAGUCGGUGGUGUCGCGUGAACAUGCUGCAGCGGCAGCAAACUUCAUGAGCCUGUCCAUGAGUGGACAUGGGUUGCCCUUUCCGCUUCCACCACCGCCCCCCUCGUCCUCGGUUGCUAUGUCGUUGGCGAACUCGCUCAACCAUUCGGCCGCCGCAAUGGCGGCCGCCGUUUCCGGCAAUCCGCUGGCGGCGAGCUUUGUCGCGCAGUCGUUUCCUAACCUGCUAGCCGCAUCGGCCGCCCGGGAACCGAAUCGUAGCAAAUCGCCUCACUCGCAUCACAAGCUAUCGCAUCACAAGGGCGGGCACCAGGAGCAGCACAAGAAUUCACACGACAAAGGUUCCUCGAACGACGGGCCGGGUGGGCGUGAUCAGCGCGAUCGUGACGAUGAGGAGCGUAACUCGUCCAGUGCCGCCCAUCAGGAACAGCGCGAGCGGGAUCGUGAAAACGUAUUAAACCUAAGCCGCGAUCUGGCAGCGGCAGCGGCGGCCGCAAACCGCCGACUACAGCAGCCACCGAUGCAGCCGGGUGCGGCAAUGUCACGCAUGCAGCAUCUACCGCCGUCCUCCGGAGGUCACCUCAAGAAGCCACCUUCGUCGCCCAGCAACAAGCGACAAUGGGGCGCUAUCCCACCGAAUCUUGGCACGCAGUACGUUAACCCGGCCACGGGCAAGAAACGCGUACAGUGCAAUGUAUGCUUCAAGACCUUCUGUGAUAAGGGUGCGCUGAAGAUUCACUUUUCCGCCGUGCACCUGCGCGAAAUGCACAAAUGCACGGUGGAGGGUUGCAGCAUGAUGUUUAGUUCGCGCCGCUCACGCAACCGGCACAGUGCGAACCCAAACCCGAAGCUACACUCACCGCACCUACGGCGCAAAAUAUCUCCUCACGAUGGUCGCAGUGCCCAGCCGCAUCCGAUUCUGCUGUCGACCGCGGGUAUGCCGCUACCGAACGGACUCAGCCCGCUGCAUCCGUUCGGGCCCGCCUUCCCGCUCAUUCCGCCGGGCGAUCAUCUGCGGGGGCAUCCUUCGCUGUCGGCGCUUGAGUUUAAGGCAAACAUGGAGGCGAGCAUGCAUCGGCGGCUGGCGGCCGAACAUCAUCAUGCGCAGGCCGUUGCCGAAAAGCAUCAUCGGGAGAGUGCGCGUGUUUCGUUGAGCCCGGAAAACUAUCGUUAUCGUAGCAGUCCGCACAGUGACACACCGGACCGGUACAUGGGCUCCUCGUCGGGAGCAUCUUCUGGUGCGCCGCAUCUGAACAGUUCGGGCAGCCGGUUAGAUGACGAUGAUGGCGAUGACGAUGACGAUGAUGAUGACGAUCGUAAUGGAAUCGUCAUUGAUGGUAACGAUGUGGAUGAGGAUGUUGAAGGUCAUCAGUUCGACAUGUCGCUAAGCUCGGAAUCGGAGGACGUAAAAUCGUACGGCCGGCAUGAAGACGAUGAGGAUGGGUUCUCCGAACGGGGUGAAGAGGAACCGCAAGACUUUAGCCUGUCCAAGCGUCACAAUCGCCCGUCGACGGAUGGUGAUGAUAUUGCAAGCAACAAUGGCGACAGCAAUGGUGAGGUUACGCGCGACGAUGUCAAUGCAUUCCUUUCGAGCAAUAAGCGAAAACGCAAAAGUCUCAAUCCCACCAAAUGUGCCGUGGUUCCUUUGUCCCGGCUGUCAAACAACGAAGAUGCGGAUGAGAAAGAGCUUACGGUGCGCGUCGACGAUGAAACGCGUGAAACAUCAAUUCCAUUGGUGAAAAAAAUCAAGAUCGAAUCGAUGGAUGAUUCGCAACCUGUUGGUUUGCUGAGCCCGGAUCGGAACCUAUCACCGCGUUCGCCGGCGUCGCCUCACAAGGAGCGAGCAAAAGAGGCUUCGAAAGAGAACGGAAAUUGCGAUAAAGAAAGCAAAGGGCAAAAUGCAUCCGCGCAGCAGAACGACACAUCGAUCGAUCGGUGUCGCUCAAGCGAAGAACGCAAAAGUGUGGAAGCGCAUGAUACGGUUCACGUCAAAAUGGAACCAUUCGACGAUGGGCUGCAAGAUCAAUCGGCAACAGAGGCAACGGAUCUGUCGCUGGAUCUCACCAAAAAGCAAUCCCGCUCCAGUCCGGAUGUAAAUGCGAACGAAAAGUUCCAGAGCAAGUACUCGAUCGACGUACGACCUUCGUCCGAAUUGCUUGAGAACCCGCUUGCACUGGUACGCCCCAAGCAGGAAGUUUCCGACGCGGAUCGGCAUCGUCCAGGUUCGGCGGAUAGUAAGAAAAGUUCGGGCGAUAACUUUGAUUCGGCAAACACGCUGCGACGACUUGAGAAUCUAUCGCACGGCCCAUUGAACGAUAUGAUGAUGCAGCGUGCUGCAGGAUUUCUUGGUGGUCCACAGUUUCCACCGCUCAGCUACCUGAUGAAUGCAGCACCACCAAGCCCGGCCAGAUCUCGUAGCCCUUCGCCAGCGGUCGGUCAGGAACAGGAUCCGGAAGAAUCGGACGAUAACGUGGAUUACUGCGAGGAAGGUAAUUGCUUCAGCGAUCCGGACGUCCCGCUCGAUAAGGAUAAUCCGAAGAAAUGUUCGGCCUGUGGCAAACUGUUCCAGAACCACUUUGCCGUCAAGACUCACUACCAGAAUGUGCAUCUGAAGCUGCUGCACAAGUGUAACAUCGAGGGCUGUAAUGCGGCCUUUCCCUCCAAGCGUAGUCGCGAUCGUCACGCAUCGAACUUAAACCUCCACCGAAAGCUACUUUCAACUACCGCCGACAGCAACGACACGGUACUGCCGAUGGAGAAGCACCAACAGCAAUUCGCUGCCGGUGGUGCCUUUCCCGGGUCUGCACUGCCGGCCGAGUUCUUGGCGCGUCUGUACGCCGACUCGCAAAAGUUCCCCAUGAACUUGGAGGCUGCGUUCAAGAACCAUGCGCUCGGACCGGGCAGUUCGGCUUACUCGGAUCACUUUCUGAACGGAGCCGCUGCGCAGCGUGGCUUCCCAUCUGCGGCCGGGAAUCCGUUUCUCUUUCCACCGCUCGGUGGGUUGGCCGGUUUUCCGGGCCUGUCGCAGUUCUCACACCUACUGCCCCACCCGCUGAAUGGUAUCGCGACGCAGCUGUCCGGUGGUGGUGGUGGUGGUGCGGCCGUAGCUGCUGGCAGUGUUGGCAGUGGUGGCGGUGGUCGUAUGUCCGCUUCCAGAUCUGAUUCACCAAUAUCCGCAUGUUCGCCACCGGCCACAACCAACAUUCCAUCGCCACUGUCGCAGCACGACCGAACCACGCCAACGUCCGGCAAUGGUGGAUCGUUUCACAGCUCCGCUACGGAACCACGUUCCACCGUGGCAACGCAUGAUAACCGACGCACACCGGACUCGCUAUCGUGAUCAAUGGACCGUGGAAAACACCGUUGCCUUCUUUAAACUCGAACAUCUAGGUCUGUUGUCAUGUCAUUCACAAUGAUCUCGUUUAUUUUUUUUUGUAAUCUUUUUAUGCUCUCAAGCGCCCCUCCUUUGUGCUGCAUUGUGUAGCAUGUGUGGCAAGUUUAAAAAACGGCCUUUUAGCGUCGAUUGAUACCGGGCAUAAGCACAUUGUUUUGCAAGGGCUCAAUAGAAUUUGAUAUAUAUAUAUUAACUAUCUUAAGUUCCGUUUUAAACAGACGGCACCAAGCAAACUGAAGUAAACACUCAUUAAAUAGUAACGAAAUAAUUAAACGCGCACGCUAAAUUAAAAAAAAAUGAAACAACCCCCCCCGACUGUGUAAUCUUAAUGUCAAUGGAAAUGGAAUUUAUCAAAAUCGGUUUAUCUCCACGAAAAAAGAAAACACUUCCACGAAGCCGGGAGAAUUAAACACGAGGGUGAGAGAGAGAGAGAGAGAGAGAGAGAGAGAGAGAUAGAGAUCUACCAAACUGUUCUCGUACUUUGGUGUCGUAAUUUAUUAUUAAUAAUCGUUUCGUUAAUAAUCUGCUGGGAUAGAAAUGAAUUAAAUCCAAUUAAAGUUACUUACGAUAAAGCAAUCUUAACCAACGUAUAGUUGGUAAAAAAAUGGGGCAAGAAGCAAGAAUGAAGGAAGCUUCCACUUGCCUUCACGAGCAUGCAUGGGUGUAUGGUGGGGAAAAGGGGGUGAAGGGGGAAGGCGUUAACGAUUUAGGGAAUCGGAUAUUCGGCGAUCGCCUACUUUAAACAUAAAAAGGGCCCCAGUGAUACAAAAAAAACACACACACACACACAAUAUUAAUAUGUACACUUAAAAACAAGCGCAACCAAACAUUGCGAUAAUAUGCGAAUCAAUAAAUUGCACGUAUAUUAGUUUAAACUAUUUGCUGGAACCGAUGCUGGUAACCAAUGAUCGAAUGGUAAAAUUGGUAAUAAAAAAAAACCAUUUCUAAACAAAUGAUGCAAAACAUUCGAUUUCGAAUUUUAGUUAAUGCUUUCGACAAACAAAAGCUCAUAUUGAUCUUCAAUUGUAAAACGGAACGCGAAUGAUAGAUUUAAAUUGGAUCAGGUAAAACAGAAAAAGAAACAACUUUAAAUAAGAAAUUUACGUUUUAAAUCUUUGUUAGGUUAUACUUUGCCAAAAUGUGACGAUCCGAUUUAAUACAUUGAAUUGAUGCGGUUCCUAAAACUGUUAAAACGAAAAAAAUCGAUAAUCGAAAAUAUUACACAAAAAUAAAACAAACAAACAAAAAAAACACACACAUAAAACCAAGCAUGUAAAUUUCAUUCAACUGUAAGUCUCACACACAACGAGAUAGCAAUAAGCAUACGAAGAAGAAAACAUUAAAUUGGAGAAUAAAUGGGAAAAUAUGUACCUCUGAUCUUGUCUCCUAAACACUAUUAUUGCAGUUGUUUUAGUAUUGCAGCAGCAAAAAAUCGAAUAAAAUGACCUUACAAACAAACAAACAAAAAAAAAACGUUUGUCACUCGCCCGUAGGAGGGAAAGCACUUCGCUAUCAGCAACACCAAAAUCUUCCAUGAUUUAAGUUUUAAUCUAAGAAGAAAACCAUAAACAUAGAAAAUCAACUUAGAAGCAGUAAGCUGUCAACGCACAAAUAUCAAAACUAAUCUCAAGAGCUUUUUUUACUUUACUUUUACUUAGGAAACGCGCUAUUUCUGCCGCCCCUCCCCCAUUUUACGUUUAGAGCAUACGGAUUAUUAUGAACUAAGGCCGCUCUCCAAGGUAGUGAUUGUAAUCACAAAAUGUAACGCAAACGUUGUAGCAUAUGCAGUAAAAGAAAAAGUCCUAUUCAUGAAUGUGCAAUAUUUUUCGUCUCUAUCUAAGACUGCGAUAAAAUUUAGUCGAUGAGAGGGAAAAGCGAAGUUAGUGAAGGUGAAGAAAAACUCGAAUAAAAACUUAAUUUUUUUUUAUUUUAAGUUCAUUUUCCCGUUUAGAUACUGUGGAAGCAUGGAACAAAAGUUGUUCUAACACAACGGAUACGUAGCAUCAAUCUUUAACACUAAACAAAACAAAUUUAUUGGUACAUGCACCAAACUGAAAGCAUUUCCAAGGAAACUAACUAACGAGUAGUGAAGAAAACGAGAAAAAAAGAUCAAAAACGAGAUCGUGAUCGUGAAAUUUUGUUUCCGGUAGAUACAAAUUUAUCAAAACCCCAGAUCCGUUCGAACUGAAGAAAAAAAAGAAAAGAAAAUCUUUUUUCUGUACAUAGUUAAAGGGCAGGAAGAAACAUCUGACGUAUCAUAGAUAAUUCUUAUUUUCUUCUUAAAACAAAGGAAACAAAAACUCAGUUCAUUGUAUUUGUCAAAAACAAAAUAGUAAAAAAAAAAAACAAGAACUCAUGCAUUACAAAAAAAAUGAACCAGUCCCAUCUCCAACCCCCCCCCGGGGUGGGGGUGGUGGUGUGCAAACAAAAAUGAGAAAAAAAAAACGAAAUAAAGUACACUAUAUGAAUCUUAA